CUUUCAGCACAUCCUGCCAAAAUGUCGUUGUUGAAACGUUUCGCUGAUGAGGAGCGAGAAUCCAAAUAUGGACGAGUAUUUGCUGUAUCUGGACCAGUCGUUACCGCCGAAUGCAUGUCCGGUUCGGCUAUGUACGAAUUGGUACGUGUCGGCUACUAUGAACUAGUUGGUGAAAUUAUUCGUCUCGAGGGUGAUAUGGCCACCAUUCAAGUGUACGAGGAAACUUCCGGUGUUACCGUGGGCGAUCCUGUCCUGCGAACAGGUAAACCCUUAUCCGUUGAAUUGGGUCCCGGUAUUAUGGGUAGUAUUUUUGAUGGUAUUCAACGUCCGUUGCGUGAUAUUGGUGAAAUGACCAGCUCCAUUUAUAUACCAAAGGGUGUUAAUGUCCACGCCCUAUCACGUAGCACCGCUUGGGAAUUUAGCCCCGUCAAUGUCAAGGUAGGAUCCCACAUCACCGGUGGCGAUUUGUAUGGUGUUGUCGUUGAAAACACUUUGGUUAAACAUCGAAUGAUGGUUAGUCCACGCAGUAAGGGUACGGUGCGUUAUAUUGCACCCCCCGGUAACUACACCAUGGAAGAUGUCGUCUUGGAAACAGAAUUUGAUGGUGAGGUGACAAAGCACACCAUGUUACAGGUGUGGCCAGUGCGUCAACCCAGACCGGUAAUUGAGAAAUUGCCAGCCAAUCAUCCAUUGUUUACGGGUCAGAGAGUGUUGGAUUCGCUGUUCCCCUGUGUCCAGGGUGGUACUACGGCCAUUCCUGGUGCUUUUGGUUGUGGUAAAACUGUUAUUUCCCAGUCCCUCUCCAAAUACUCCAACUCCGAUGUCAUCAUCUAUGUCGGUUGCGGUGAACGUGGCAAUGAAAUGUCUGAGGUGUUGAGAGAUUUCCCCGAAUUGACCUGUGAAAUUGAUGGUGUGGUGGAGUCCAUUAUGAAACGUACCGCCUUGGUGGCAAAUACCUCCAACAUGCCUGUCGCUGCCCGUGAGGCCUCCAUUUACACCGGCAUCACCUUGUCCGAAUAUUUCCGUGAUAUGGGCUACAAUGUGGCCAUGAUGGCUGAUUCCACCUCCCGUUGGGCUGAGGCAUUGCGUGAAAUUUCUGGCCGUCUAGCUGAAAUGCCUGCCGAUUCUGGCUAUCCCGCCUAUUUGGGUGCCCGUCUGGCCACUUUCUAUGAACGAGCUGGCCGUGUCCGUUGCCUGGGCAACCCAGAACGUGAAGGCUCCGUAUCAAUUGUAGGUGCUGUCUCACCACCUGGUGGUGAUUUCUCCGAUCCUGUUACCUCAGCCACUUUGGGUAUUGUCCAGGUGUUCUGGGGUCUAGAUAAAAAACUGGCCCAACGUAAACAUUUCCCCUCCAUCAAUUGGUUGAUUUCCUAUUCGAAGUACAUGCGAGCUUUGGAUGAAUACUACGAUAAGAAUUUCCCCGAAUUUGUACCAUUGCGAACCAAGGUUAAGGAAAUCCUACAGGAGGAAGAAGAUUUAUCGGAAAUUGUCCAGUUGGUUGGUAAGGCCUCGUUGGCUGAGACCGAUAAGAUAACCUUGGAAGUUGCCAAGCUGCUUAAGGAUGAUUUCCUGCAACAAAAUUCCUAUUCACCCUACGAUCGUGUGUGUCCAUUCUAUAAGACAGUGGGUAUGCUCAGGAACAUGAUUGCCUUCUAUGAAUUGGCACGGCAUGCUGUGGAAUCGACUGCCCAAUCAGAUAAUAAGGUGACAUGGAAUACCAUACGCGAAUCGAUGGGUAAUAUUAUGUAUCAAUUGUCAUCGAUGAAAUUUAAGGAUCCCGUCAAGGAUGGCGAGGCAAAAAUAAAGGCCGAUUUCGAACAACUGCAUGAGGACAUGCAACAGGCCUUUAGAAAUUUGGAGGAUUAA